CCAGGCUUGUACUUUAUGAGCCUCAAGCAGUUAGAGGCUGGCUUUCAUCGUCUGUCCUCUACUUCUUCACCCACCAAGCCUCCAGACAGGCGGCGCGAGGAGCUUCUUGUCAGGUAUAACAACAGGCGCCGACCUCCACCGACACAUCACCAGACGACAGCAGGUAGAGGACCGAGAGAACAAGUCUGCCUAGAAAUCCUGCUUCAUCCAAAAUGUGGGACAUCAGCGUUCCUCGCCCUCCUCAUCUGUGCUGUGACCACAGCCAGUGGACAGUCCGAAACUGGCAAGUACAGGGUCACCGCACCCAAGACCUUCACUCCCGGCGAAACCUUCACGGCAGCCAUAGAAAUCAUGGAGUCCAGCGGUCCAGUCCAGGUCACUAUUGAGAUCGAAGCAUACAACUACUUCUUUGCUAGCUCCACCUACAGCUAUCUAUCGAUAGCAGGACAGUCUGCAACCUUUAGCCAAGGAACACCUGGAACACUGUCGUUUAAGAUUCCAAGUCACGUGGCUGGGGCUACCAGUGGCUACAGACUGCACGUGAGAGGCACGGGAGGCCUUCAGAUCGACACGCGGUCCGACAUCAACCUGCAGCUGACCAGAGCCUCCGUCUUCAUCCAACCAGAUCGUCAGGUGUACCGACCUGGCCAGACAGUGAACUUCAGAACCUUCAGCUUACUACUGUCCGAUCUGAAGCCUUUGAGUGAGACCUACACAGUUACUGUCCAGGCACCCGGGGAUAGCUUGGUCCGAAGGUGGACAUCCAAUGCAGGACUGGUUUCUUCUUUCUCCUUUGACCUCGACAAGUCUCCUCCUCUCGGCCGAUGGACCAUCUCAGCUUCCAGUUCUGAGAUCGGACAAUCGUCAGUGGGCUUUGAUGUUCAGGAGUACGAAAACCCACCCUUCAGCGUUCAGCUCAACAUUCCCAGGACAAUGAACACCUCUCAGAUUCUCACGGGAAGUGUAGAAGCCAGGUAUCCUCAAGGUGUGGGUGUGAAGGGGACCGUGGAAGUGUCCCUUCCGACAGGCUACUCGUCGGAUGCUGCCAAGACGUCUUUUCAGAUUGACGGCAGCGCCAACUUCUCCUUCUCCGAGCUGGUCUACUACACCAGCAGCGCCGUGGUGACAGCCACCGUGACGGAGCAGGCCACUGGCAGAACCGUGGUCGGCAAGUCCACCUUGAACACCUACGAACGCAACGUCAAGGUCCAGUUCACCGAGAAGACGCCGGCCGUCAUCAGACCGGGGCUGCCCUUCACGGCCUACGUGCAAGUUACAGACCAGGAGGACCAGCCGCUCAACAUCGCACCUGACAGCAUCUUCCGCUUUGUCUACGUGUAUGGCGUCGGGCAUUACAGCAAGCCCUCGCCUGACUCUCGCUACGGCGUCUCCAGCUUCACGGGCUCCUACCCCAUUCUGGCCAAGAAAAUGGUCCUCCCACAGUCUGGCUUCUUCCCCGUGGAGCUGGAUAUCCCCACUGACGUCACACAAGUGGACAUUCGUGUUACCUUCCAAGGCGUGCAGAACCAGCUGACGCUGCAGAGCGUUGGGUCAUCGACCAACAGUUAUCUGCAGUUGUCUCUCCUCGGCUCUGUGCCUCGUCUGACUUCCGGCCAGCAGGUCUUUGCCAACUUCCGGGCCACCUCAAACAAACCGCUUGACGCGCUCAAAGUGCAGAUCGUGUCCAGAGGCCAGGUUUUGCAGGUCCUGAGCCCCUCCCUGACCAACGCUGCCAGAGCAGGUGACGUGUACACCGCCGACUUCCAGGUGGCGCUGUCCUGGAGCAUGGCGCCCGUCACAGACAUCGUCGCUUAUCUGAAUGUCGGUUAUUCUGGAAUCUUUGAACUCGUCGCUGACAGCAUCGCUUUUAAUGUGGAGGGACUCCUGCGCAAUGAGGUGACUCUGACAGCGGACCGACAGAGGGCUGAGCCAGGUGAGAGUGUCACCCUCACAGUUCAGAGCUUACCGACCUCUGUGGUGGGUGUGCUUGUUCAGGAGGACUUCGGUAACCGUGGUAACGUCAUUACGGCGGAAGAGAUCAUUCAGAAGUUCGUGCAAGGCCCAAGGCCAUCAGCUCUGAACGAUUUCAUGGCGACUUCCUCGCAAAGAUCCGAGGGUUCCUUUGAGCGGCUCAACCUGAAUGUCAUCGGUGGUUCCAAUACAUUCUCUGCAACAUCUCUAGUCAGACAAGCGUUGUUUUCUGGAAAUACUGACGACAGUACAGCAUAUCCUGACACCAUUUUCUUUGCCACCAACACAAUUAGCUCCACGGGGUCAGCGACCUUUGCCAUUAACCUGCCGGACACCGUCACAACGUGGGCAGCGACAGCUUUCUCCUUCGAUGCUAACGGAAACAUGGGCGUAGUGGACAAACCUGUUCUGAUCGAGGCCGUGCGCGAGGUGUACGCGGAGUUGUCCGGCACGGACCACGCAGUGACCGGAGAACACGUCAUCAUCAGGCCGACGUCCACAACACCCGAGCAGUGGAGUCGCAGGUGCAAGUAACUCUUAAGCCCAACUUCAGCUAUCAGGGUCUUGUGGUCGGUGCCAAUGGAGCCGCUGUGAAAUCAUCGCAGGAGCAGACACGAACCCUGACUAUACCAGCCAAGAGUUCUUCUGCCGUUUACUUUGCUGUCACCGCCAU